AUGAUCCAUUGUCUAAUAAAUAGUGACCCAUCUAAACUUAAAUGGUUACUGUCUUGUGUUUAUGGCUCUCCUUAUCCUCAAGAGAAAAAAGAACAGUGGAAUUUUUUACAAAACAUUUGUGAAAACUUUGAUAUUACUGGCCCUUGGGCUCUCAUAGGAGAUCUGAAUCUUACUUUACAUGAUAAUGAAAGAUCAAAUAGCAAUGGCUUUUCCUCACAUGCUUCUUCUAUAGCUCAGGUUGUUUUGGAAACGGGCCUUAAUGAUUUAGGGUUCCAUGGAAAUCCUUAUACUUGGACCAGUAACAAGCAUGGUACUGAUUUAUUUCCUAACAAUUUUCACAGCUCAAAAAACUGGAAGUUUUUUGAGUGUUGGUUAAGAGAAGGUACGUGCACAACUGAAAUUAUCAAUGCUUGGGCUACAAGUUUUAAUGGGUCAGCAAGUUUUACCUUGGAUAAGAAGCUAUCGGAAACUAGAAGAACUUUAUACGUCUGGAAUCGCAACACGUUUGGCAAUAUCCAAAAUAAUCUCAAUAUUCUGCAACAGCAACUCUCAGAUCUGGAACAACCACAUCAGGGUAGAGAUAAAACACAGAUGGUGAUAGAAGUUGAAAGAGAAAUAGAAGAAUGGCAUGCUCGCGAGGAAGAAUUCUACAGGAAAAAGUCAAGAGAAACUAUCUUCAAUGAGUUGGAUCAAAAUACUAAGCAUUUUCAUCUCCAAAUAAAUAAGAGAAGAUCCAGAAACUGUAUUGAAACACUCAAAAAGGUGGAUGGUAGUUGGUGCACUGGUAGAGAUAAUCUUGAAAGUAUCUUAACUUCACAUUUCCAUAGUAUUAUGAGUACAUCUAAUCCUCAAACUGGUAACUCUAUUCUAGAUCUUUUACCACAGUGUAUAUCUGAAGAGGAUAAUUUCAUGCUUACAAGAGUUCCAGAUGAAGCUGAAAGCACUGCAGUCUUAAAGUGUAUGAAGCCGUGGAAGGCACCAGGUCCAGAUGGGUUUCCUCCAGGGUUUUUACAAACUCAAUGGACAGUGGUAAAGAAAGAUGUAAUCAGAAUGGUACAUGAUUUCUUUCAGUCAGGUAAACUCUUGAAGAAGAUGAAUAAAACCAAUUUGUGUCUCAUCCCAAGGACAAAUCUUCCUCAUACACCAGGCGACUAA